AUGACGUCGCCUGCGAAUCAGCAGAACCCGAUCCCGGCGCCCAAUACCUCCGCGACCACGGCGACUUCUUAUGCCUCCGCUGCAGGUGCGCCUAAGAAAGCUGCUCAACCGUCCCAAGUCGCAACUGGUUCCCAACCUCCUGUCGUGGUUGGUUCUUCUUCUGCCUCUCUGGCACAGAAUGCGAACACCUCCUCGUCAUCUUCUGUGAACGGCAAACCCGCCGUCGCCCCUGCUGUCCCUGCUGUUGCCCGCGGUAGCUCUACCAACGGCUCCGGCGUGGACCACUCGAGAAAAGUUUCCGUCACCAUGGCUGCCAACGGCCCCAACUCCUACGCGGCCAACGGUGGUGCCAAAUCUGGCAUUCAGUUUGGCUUCGAUUCGCCUGCCAUGGCACACAGCACUCCUCAUACUGCCAACGCUGCCCCUAUCCCUAUUCCUGGAGCCGGCAACCAUCGCGUGCCUUCGCCCGCCCACUCUCCUUCUCCGAUUCCCCAGCCAUCUGCCAGCGGUGGUCGACCUCCUUCCGGUCUGCCGGGCAGUGGCCAGAUGACAUUUGGCAGCCUCAGUAGCGAUGGCGAGCGCCACAUGAGACAGGGCUCUGUCCCUCCUAACCCGAGUGCAAUGGGAUCGCAGCCCGGAGCCCAUUAUAGACGCGAGUCGAGCCACUCUGUCCAGGGUGAUAACCGAGCCAACUUCCCUCCUCAAGGCGGCCGUGGCCGAGGAUUCAAUCCUCACAACCAGUACAACAAUCAGAUGGGAUACCCACCCAACAACCAGUUCAGAAACGGUCCCGGCCAGGGCCGUGGAAUGCCUCCGUCAUUCCAGCCUCAGCCGCGCAACAUGCCGUAUCCCAACUCUCCCCAGCCGGCCCGAAGCCCUGCUCUCGUCCCGUCGAUGCCGAAUACUCCCAAUAUGCCUCCUGCGACGAUGCAGCCGAAUAUGACCAUGGGUACACCUCCUCAGUACCAUUAUCCGCCUCCAAUGGCACCUCAGCAUCAACAAGUACAGCCCCCUCUCCCCGACGUGUCUGAUAAGUUGCAUUUCAAGUCUUUCAAGAAGAGCAAGGCUCGCCGCGACCACGCCAAGUCCCUGCAGUCAGGGCGCCUAUUGGACUCUAUACGCGAGCUACGCGGAAGCGACCCUAGUCAGCCUCAACGCCGUUUCCAGCAGCGGCCAGAGCAACAGUGGCGUGACCGUGAUAUUGGUAGCAGUCGAAGUGAAGUGUCCGGUGGCGACAACUAUGGCUAUCCUCCGCAGCAGAUGGAUCAGUACGGCCGACCCAUGUCCAUGCCAUAUGGCUACAACAAUGUUCCGCCGUACAUGGGCCCUCCCCAAACUAACCCUCCAGCGUAUAACCAGCAGUUUGCGCCCCCCUAUGCUCCCCAACAAAGCCACAGCAUGUCUCGCACCCCGUCGCAACCCGAGCGACCUUCCAGCGCCAACCAGCAAGGCCAACCCCUCGUCGUCGGCUCAUCGCAGCCUCCCAACUCUCAGGGUAAACCUGGACCCAACAACUUUGUCAAGCCUAGGAAGAGCGCGGCUAUUCAGAUCAAGAAUGCCGCUGGUGAAGUUGUGGACACGUCAACUUUCAAGCAACCUGUUUCCCCUGCUCCCACUGGUCAGCCGUCGAAAACUCCUCCAGUUCUGGCCUCAACUCCUACUCCUCCCCCCAAAUCAUCCACACCUGCUGCCCAUGGUCGCUCUGAGAGCACGGCUACCCCCAAGACGGCCAAGGAGAUUCAGGAUGAGUUGAAGGAGAAGAUUAAGCAAGCUACACAGGGAGCUGCUGCUAAUGAAGCCAAGAACAAGGAGCAGGCUGUUGCUACUACAACCAAGGCGCCGGCCGACGGCUCUGCCGAGAAAGAUGCUGCCGCUGCCUCUACUGCUACUCCCAAGGUCGAGGCUCCUAAGGAAACUGACAAAGUUGAGGAGCCAAACAAGGCUGAAGAGGAGAAGCCGCCCGCUGAGCCUGUCGCAGACAAUGGCGACACGGAAGAGGAUGAAAUUGAGCGCAUGAUUCGGGAAAUGGAAGAGGCCGAUGCCAAACGCGAGAAGGAAGAAGAAGAGCACCGUAAGCGGGCUGAAGCCGAAAAGGCUGAACAAAAGAAGAAGGAUGAAGAAAAUCGCAAGUCCAGCGCUGCCGAUGAAGACCGCAGACUCCGGGAGCAGGAACGCGAGAUGGAACGCCUGGAGGAGGAAAAGGAGCGACGUCAAAAGGAGGCUGAAGCCUCUGGCAAGACAAUGUCAGUUGCAGAGGCCCUUGCUGCUGCCCGAAGUGUCAGGGACGGCGACGCCGCCAAUGUCGACUCUGUUACCGACAAACUGUCUGGCAUGAAGAUUGCUGAAGAGAAGGCUACUGGCGAUGCCGCUGGUCAGAAACGCUCAGCCAAGCCUGCCGCCCUCAACCUAACACCUCUCAACACCAAGCCUGUCGAUCCUCCUCAGCCCAGUGCAGCUCUUCAGUCCCUCAAGUCCUCUCGGUUCCUGCAGGUCAUGGAUCAGGAGAUUUACCCGACUGGCAUCAACUCCCCGAACCCUGCAUUGAACGCCGCUGUCGCUAAGAAGGGCAAGAGCUUCAAGUAUGACGCUGCUUUCCUGCUGCAGUUCCAAAAGGUCUUCACCGAGCAACCCUCUGUAGAGUUCCACCAGCAGGUCAAGUCCCUAAUCGGAGACGGUGACCGUUCUGCUCGCGCCCAGACGCCUAGACAGCCUUCUAACCGCGGCAGCAACACCUUCUCCAUGGGGACGUUCAACGCUCCUCCAGGCCGCACGCUGCCGUCAGGUACUACCUCCGAGCAGCGCAUGGCCAUGUCCAGUGGCACCAUGCCUCGACCCCCCGUUGGCUCAAUUGGAUCAUUCCGAGGCCCUGGUGGUGGGUUCCCAGGCACCGCCAUGUCUCGUACCUCAUCACAGUCUAGAGCCGCCGGCCCCAACUCGCCCAGUGGCCGCCAGUCUAGCCGCUCUACCCGCGGUAGCCGACGUGAUUUCAACACCAAGGAAGCCCAGGCUGCUAAGACCAUGCCCCUAACCGCUGGUCAGGAGAUCAAACCGAUUGCCGUCACUUCCAGCGGUUGGAAGCCGACCAGUGUUGGCAACAAGCCUUCUGCGUCUGCUCCUGCUGCCAAUGCCAGCGGUUACCUUGACCCUGAAUUGGUGCAGAGAAAGGUCAAGGCCGCCCUCAACAAGAUGACCCCGGAGAACUUUGACAGAAUCGCCGACCAGAUCCUCACGAUUGCCGGGCAAUCCAAGGAUGAGUCUGAUGGCCGCACUCUCCGUCAAGUCAUUCAGCUUACCUUUGAAAAGGCCACUGAUGAAGCGCACUGGGCUUCCAUGUACGCCAAGUUCUGCAAGCGUAUGCUUGAGAACAUGAGCGCAGACGUUCGCGACGAGCGCAUCAAGGAUAAAAAUGGCAACGUUGUCAGUGGUGGCAAUUUGUUCAGGAAGUACCUUCUCAACAGAUGCCAGGAAGAGUUUGAGCGUGGCUGGAGCUCUAAUUCGCCUCAACUUAAGGAGGAAGAGGGUGCAGAGGACAGCUCCAAGAAGACGCUUGGUGACGCAGCUAUGCUGUCUGAUGAAUACUACGAAGCUGCCGCCGCCAAGCGACGUGGUCUUGGUCUCGUCCAGUUCAUCGGUGAGCUGUACAAGCUCGGCAUGUUGACUGAGCGUAUCAUGCACGAAUGUGUUCACAAACUUGUCGACUAUAAGGGUGUCCCUGAUGAGGCCGAAAUUGAGUCCCUCAGCAAGCUGUUGCGCACCAUUGGUGCCAAUUUGGAUGCCACCGAAAAGGGCCGUCCCAUGAUGGACGCUUACUUCCAACGCAUUCAGAACAUGGCUGAGCUUCCUGAGCUGCAGAGCAGAAUGAAGUUUAUGCUUAUGGAUGUUCUUGAUUUGCGUAGGGCCAACUGGGUCUCCAAGGAAGCCAACAAGGGCCCCAAGACUCUCGAUGAAGUGCGUGCCGAAGCCGAAGCCCAGGCUGCCAAGGCCCAAGAGUCCGCUCGAACCAACUCUCGUGGCGGUCCUGGCCGCCCUGCCAUGGGCCGUGGUGACGCUCGCAACUUUUCUGGCGGCUAUGUGCAGCAAACCAGCAACCAGGUUGGCAUGGACGACCUCCGACGUCUCAAGGGCUCUGCUAGCAGAACCGCGAGCCAGAACGUCACCCUUGGUCCAUCCUCUAUGUUUGCUUCCCGUAGUAACAGUGGCCGACGUCUCGGACCGGGAGGCUCCCUGGGUCGUCCUGGUGAAGACUCUGGAGCAUCGUCUCGAACUGGGACUCCUCCCAAUCGUGAUAGCACCUCCAACACGAACGCAUUCAGCCUACUCGCGAAUAUGGUAGAUGCCGAACACCCCGCCUCACCUCCAUCCGCAGGACCCUCUCCUCUUCUGGCCAAGGCUGUUCCCGACAGCGAUAAGAAGGAGAGCGAGUAA